AUGUUCGUUGCUGCGCUCAGGAAGUUAGCGGAGCACUGUGAAUUUAAAGAGGACUCGCUUAAUGAUGCCAUUCGUGACCGGCUGGUCUGUGGACUGUGCAAUGAGGCCACUCAGAGAAAACUGCUAACUGAGGACAAAUUAACUCUGACCAAAGCAAUUGAAAUAAGUGUGUCAAUGGAAAUGGCCGCAAAGGAGGCACAACAGUUGAGUGCAGCCAUGGCUAAGUUGUUGAAGGUAGCCAGUCACAUUGAAAAGGCCUGUCGUAAUAAGAAAAAGGGAACUCAGUCAAUGCAGAAAAACUUUAACAAACAAAAGAGAGUGGCUGCACAUAAGAAAACGGUGCAUAUGAUGGAAAAAGAAGCUAGUGCCAGUGAAUCCACUGAUGACGAGUUGCCCCUUCACAUUCUUUCGCUGGCUGGAGGGUCUGACAGCUACUGGACAACACCCUUGCUGGAGGGCAAACCUGUGCGGAUGGAAAUUGACACCGGGGCAGCAGUGUCACUUGUUUCUGAGACAGUGUAUCAUGAACACUUACACCACUUGCAAAUCCAACCAGCACGGGUGGUGCUGAAGACCUAUACAGGGGAGACAGUGGCUGUCAAGGGCUUGGUCAUGGUCAAAGUGGAGCUAAAUGGACAAUGUGUAAAGCUGCCCUUAUAUGUUGUUUGGGGCAAUUACCCAUCUCUGCUCGACCGAUCAUGGAUGGAUAAAAUGCAGAUUGACUGGCCUACCAUCCGCAUGUUGAGCCAAGGAGAGACAGCUCUAGAAGCUGUAUUAAAGAAACACGGUGAACUCUUCACAGAAGGACUAGGGCACAUGAAGCGUAUCACUGCAAAGCUGACCCUGAAACCAGGGAGCAACCCCCGAUUCAUCAAAGCGUGGCCGGUCCCAUACGCACUGCGACCAAAAGUGGGAAAGGAGCUGGACAGUCUGGUGAAUAGUGGGGUGCUCGAACCGGUGCCUGUCAGUGACUGGGCUACCCCAAUCGUGCCUGUCCUUAAGAAAAAUGGAAGCCUCCUUUGCGGCGAUUUCAAAGUGACAGUUAACCCAGCCUUGCAAAGUGAACAUUACCCGCUGCCCCUCAUUGAUGACCUGUUCGCCGGUCUAGCAAACGGCAAACAAUUCAGCAAAAUCGACUUGAACCAGGCCUAUCUGCAGAUGCCAGUGGACCCCGAGUCCAAAGAGCUACUGACAGUCAGCACGCAUAAGGGCCUUUUUCGGUACUGUCAUUUCGCUUUUGGAAUCACGUCAGCCCCCGCACUUUUUCAAAAGGCCAUGGACCAGAUUCUGGAUGGGCUACCGGGGGUACAGUGCUACUUGGACGAUAUCCUCAUCACGGGGAGGGACAACGCCGACCACCUCCACAACCUGGACAUGACAUUACAGAGGCUGGGGGAAUAUGGACUGAAAGUUCGCAAGGAAAAAUGUGAGUUUUUCCAGUCCUCCAUCGAGUACCUGGGCCAUGUGAUCGAUGGCACGGGUCUACACAAGGCCCCCUCCAAGACCAAGGCCAUCUUGGAAGCCCCAGCACCACAAAACAUAAACCAUUUAUGCUCAUACCUGGGGCUCCUGAACUAUUACAGCCGAUUCAACCCAAAUCUCUCCACUUUAUUGAAACCGCUCCAUGAAUUACUGAUGCAUGGAAGGAAAUGGGAGUGGUCAGAGUCUUGCCAAAUGGCUUUUGCCAGCUCCAAGAAAGCCCUUUUGAACUCUGAGGUGCUGACCCAUUUUGACCCGGCACUGCCACUUCAGUUAGCCUGUGACGCUUCCCCCUAUGGGGUUGGUGCGGUCAUCUCACACAUCAUGCCGGACGGCACAGACAAACCAAUUGCUUUCGCAUCAAAGACCCUCAACAAAGCUGAAUGUAACUACGCACAGAUUGAGCGGGAGGCUCUGAGCAUUGUGUUCGGAAUUAGGAAAUUCCAUCAGUAUCUGUUCGGAAGGAGAUUCACGUUUCUGACUGACCAUAAACCACUAACAGCCUUACUGGGACCACACACGGGCAUUCCACCGUUGGCCGCAAGCAGAAUGCAAAGAUGGGCCCUGCUGUUACAACAGGAACUCUCUGUACAGUCAGGGUGUCUGCUGUGGGGCAGAAGGAUAAUCAUACCCCCUUCUCUGCGGAGCCCCAUGCUGAAACAGCUCCACGUUGGCCACUGUGGCAUAGUGCGCAUGAAGGAGCUGGCCCGCAGCUACUUCUGGUGGCCGGGGUUAGACAAGAACAUUGAGGAAAAUGCAGCCCGUUGCACCACCUGUCAGACGGUGCGAAACGCACCACAACCAGCUGCAGUCCACCCAUGGGAAUGGCCAGCUGAGCGCAUACAUAUAGACUUUGCUGGACCAUUCGAGGAGAGAAUGUUCCUGGUGGUCGUGGACGCGCACAGCAAAUGGCCGGACGUGGCCAUCAUGAGGUCUACAACUACCAGGAAAACCAUCAAGAGACUGGAGGAAAUGUUCAGCCGGUAUGGAAUACCGGAACAGCUGGUGAGCGACAACGGACCCCAAUUUGUUGCCAAAGAGAUGGAGGCUUUCCUCAGAAUGAGUGGAAUCCAACACAUUAGGUCAGCACCUUACCACCCGUCCACCAAUGGUCUGGUGGUCUAA